CAGAGCGAAUACUCACUCAUUUACAUGUGUGUCUCUCUCCCCCCUCCCUCUCUUUUCAUUUACAGCUAAUUUGUUUAUGGAGGUUUGGGCAGGAGCCCAGCUCACUUCUCGUCUGCACACCUUCCCAAGCAAUGCCGCUGUCCUGGAAGAGAAGAAGUCAUUGGGAUCACAGGCUGUGAGCUCCUGGCGCCUCGGUCUUCUCCAGCUCCUCUUAUCAAAGGACUAUGGCUAUGUAUUGCUAUGCCUUGAAUAGCUUGGUGAUAAUGAAUAACAGCAAUGGGAAGAUGGGCAGUGAGACCAAGACGAGCCCAAGUUGCCAGAGACCUGUGCUGCCCGUGCCAGACAGACGGAGCACGUAUUGUCCACUGUUGGUCAGUCCACCACUGCCACUCUACAGCCCAGGGCCAUCCACUCCAGUGAGCUCCCCUAGGAACAAUGGUUCAUCUUUCAUUUUUCCCGAGCCAGGAGAACGGACUACGUCAAGAAGCCGCAGCCCGAGUUGGAAUGGCAGAGAUGGGCAGUCACCUAGGUUGCCGAGAGUUGGAAGGUGCCCGUCGCCACUUCGACUUCAGGGUAGCCAUGUGGGAGAAGCAGUUUCGGUGAUAGAUUCACGUUUGGGGACACUGUAUGGGUCCGGACAGGGUAACAGUUCGGGGACUGCAAAUGCUGACUCCGAGGAGAAAAGGCGCCUAACACGGAUACAGCGCGAGCUUCAGAACGUUCAAGUGAAUCAGGUGGUCGGACUUUUUGAAGCUCACAUCCAAGCCAAAAAUAGUCCAAACUCCACAAUACUUAGAAGCCCUCGCCUGGGCAGCCGGUCACCUUCCCCUCUACGGCACAGCAGGCGAGAAGACACUGUGUUUAACUUUGGUCAGGACAUGGGAAGAAAACCCGCUUGGCCCAGAAAAGAAGGGCUGCCAUCGCCCACAAGUCCGCUACUAUUUAACGCAUGCUCUUCAGCGGAGGCCACCAGUAAGCUAUACAGCACUUCCCCCCCAUCAGAGGACACCUGCAAGCCUAACUUACCCACUUUGACCGCUCCCAUCCCCGCUGUCAUAGUCACUGACCAUGGGGAGGAGGUUGAUGGGAAUAUGGACCUCAAUAGCCCUUGUAUGGACCUGGCAACUCUUCCCCGAAAACUAUCCUCUUCAUCCGCUUCUUCUACUGGAUUUUCCUCCUCCUGGGACGAGUCCGAGGACGAUGUCUCCAGCGAUCCUGAGAGAUCCCCAGAACAAAGCACUCCGUUUCUUCAGACCAUUGAGCAGAAGCCAAAAGUGAGCAAGUCAUGGAGGAAGAUCAGGAAUAUGGUGCAAUGGUCGCCCUUUGUCAUGUCAUUCAAGAAGAAAUAUCCCUGGAUUCAACUGGCAGGACAUGCAGGUAGUUUUAAGGCCGCGGCUAAUGGCAAGAUCCUAAAGAAGCAUUGCGACUGCGAGCAGCGGUGCCUCAGCCUGCUCAUGAAUGACAUUCUGAAGCCGCACGUCCCUGCGUAUCAUGGAGACGUGCUUAAAGACGGUGAGAAAUACAACCAGAUGCAGGACCUGCUGUCGGAGUUUGAGAGUCCCUGUGUCAUGGACUGCAAGAUGGGUGUCCGGACCUACCUAGAGGAAGAGCUGACGAAAGCCCGGAAGAAGCCCAGCCUGAGGAAAGACAUGUACGGCAAGAUGAUUGAAGUGGAUCCCAAUGCCCCAACCGAAGAGGAAAACCUGCAGCGAGCUGUCACCAAACCGCGCUACAUGACCUGGAGAGAGACCAUCAGUUCCACGGCCACUCUUGGCUUCAGGAUUGAGGGCAUCAAGAAGGAAGACGGGACAGUGAACAGAGAUUUUAAGAAAACGAAGAGCCCAGAGCAGAUUAAGGCGGCCUUCCGGGACUUCACACAGGGGAACUCUCAAAUUUUGAAAUCGUACCUGAGUCGCCUGGAGGAUAUAAGGACCACACUAGAGCAGUCGCCUUUCUUUAAGAGCCAUGAGGUGAUCGGGAGCUCCCUGCUCUUCGUCCACGACAAGAAGGAGCAGGCUAAAGUAUGGAUGAUCGACUUCGGCAAGACCACCCCGCUGCCGGAGGGCCAAGUCCUGGACCACAGAAUAGCCUGGGUGGAGGGAAACCGCGAAGACGGAUACCUGUACGGACUGGACAACCUAAUCAAUAUCCUCACGGACAUGGCAAUUGAGGAAGACAGCCAUUAAAGGGGACC